AUGUGGGGAGAGCUGUCCGUCAUCCCCCCCGGUCCCUGCGGCCAGAUCCCGCUGCAGCCUGAACCGCCACAGGGCCUCCCCCCCUCCCUCCCUCCCUCCCUCCGUCCCUCCGCUCACCUCUCCGUCGCCUGGAUGUUCCCGCGAAGCGGCUGCCCCCCCUCGCUGCCCCCGCUCCUCCUGCUCCCUCUCCUGCUGACGGGCGCCAGGCUGGCCCGGGCCUCGGUGGGGGACACUUUCGGGGAGUGCAGCCAGUUCCUGUACAUGCGGACCCCCCCCGCGGGACUGCCGGGCGGUGGCGGCGGCGGCGGCGGCCUCCGGAGGAUCUGCCAGCGCUACGGCGACAAGCCGCGCUACGCCACGCUGUACGACCGCGCCCGCCGCCUCCCCGUCUACUCCGCCUACACUUUCAAGAAGUCCGACGGGCAGCGGAGGGUGGACACGCCGUGGAUGUACGAGCCCCAGCUGGUCUCUGAGGAGGAGGGGGGGAACAUGAAGGUGCUGCCCCCCGACGAGGAGCUGGACCCCCUGCUGGAGGAGAGCCAGGUGGUGCUGCAGGAUUUCGUCGACGCCACCCUGUACCAGCGCAGCACACUGAACCCGGACCAGCACCAGGCGGACGACGACGACAAGGCGGCCACCUACACCCUGACCAACGUGGUGCCCCUGCUCGCCCCCUUCCUGGAGGAGUCCUGGACCCCUUACCUGGACGUCCUGCGCAGGAGGCUGAACAACUUCUGCCGCGGGACGUCCUACGUGGUGACGGGCGUCGCCGUCUCGGGCGGCCCCACCAUCCGCCGCGGGAACGCCGACCGGCUGGCGGUGCCGCGGUACCUGUGGUCGGCCUACUGCUGCCCGCGCUUCGACAGGAACUCGCCGUACGCCGUGCGCUACAAGUUCCCCUCGCACGCUGCCUACGGGCUCAACCAGCCGCCGGCGGGGGCGGCCGCGGGGCGCAGCGGCGUCCUGGAGGUGCCGCUCAAGACGCUGGAGGGCCUCCUGCGGAACCGGACCGACGCCGGCCCCGGCCUGGCCCUCUUCCACCGCGACUGCGUCUCGGAGAACGCCGCCAAGAAGAGGAGGAGGAGGAAGAGCGUCCCCGCCACGCCGUGA